CAGCAGCUUGUGGUGCCUGCGGGACUGCCCACCUCUGGCUCUGGGGAUGGCAGCUCACAGGGAUCCCUUGUUGCCACAGAGGAGGCUUCUGCUGAAGGCUGGUGUCGUGGGGCUCCUGGAGCUGGAGGAAGAAUUAAGGAAAGUGCUGAAGACCUCCGUUCUUACGCAGGCCGGGCACUGCCAGGGGGGCUUCAUCAGCCAAGCACUGAGCUACGACACCGACCGGGGGAGAGUGUUUGUCAAGAUCAACUGCAGGGCACAGGCCAAAACAAUGUUUAGCGGGGAAGCAGCGAGCCUCCAGGCCAUCGGGGAAACAGGCACGGUGCGCGUUCCAGAACCCAUUGCUAUGGCUGAUCUACCCAGCGGAGGGGGGCUGCUGGUUUUGGAGUAUCUUGAGAUGAGAAGCAUAGGCAGGUUUGCUGAGAAGCUGGGGGAGCAGCUGGCCGACCUGCAUCUGCACAACAUGUUGCUGGAGAGGAAGAGCCAGAGGCAAAAGGGCACUGUCGGUGAAAGGAAGCAGGCGGUGGAUAAGUUUGGGUUCCACACCGUGACCUGCUGCGGGUAUAUCCCACAGGUGAAUGACUGGCAAGAUGACUGGGCCACCUUCUUUGCCCGUCAGAGACUGAAGCCGCAGCUGGAUCUUAUUGCGGAGAACUACGGGGACAGGGCAGUGCUAAGCCUCUGGGCGGAGCUGCAGAUAAAGCUGCACAAGGCAUUUAAAGACACAGUGAUCACUCCGUCCCUGCUCCAUGGGGAUUUAUGGGAAGCCAAUGUUGCUGAGGAUGAUUUGGGCCCCUUUCUGUUCGACCCGGGGUCCUUCUAUGGCCACUCCGAGUUUGAUCUGUCCAUUGGGGAGAUGUUUGGAGCCCAGGGAAGGGCUUUCUUCUCAGGCUAUCACAGGAAGAUCCCUAAAGCACCAGGGUUCGAGACCCGAUCCCUGCUGUACCAGCUAUUCCAUUCCCUCAACAACUGGAACCACUUUGGGCCUGAGUUUCGGCCCAGUUCAUUAAACCUCAUGGAGGCCGUCUUGGAUAACUUGUGAUCAAAUGGAGAUGUGAUUGGACAUUACUAAUCACCCCCGCAGUUGGACUUGCCUCUUUACUGAAUAAUGCAUUGCUUUAAAGGCAAACUAUGCCUUCUUUUCUAUAGAAAUACUAACUGGUAAAUAUAUUUA